GGUCGGUUAAGGCCAAGGCGCGAAGGGUUUUAGCAGGUUUUAGUUGGAAGAAGUUGUGAUGCCGUGCUAUUCCUUGAACGUGCCUUAAGAAAACAAGGUCAACAAUGGAAGAGCUUCAAAGAGAAAACAGCGGCGGGGUCGCAAGCGCACAAGUCGGAGCCGCCGCGGUCGGGCCCUACGCUGUGCAUCACUACAACGGCGGACAUGAUACUUCGUGCAGCAUAGCAUCUACGAAUGUGACAUCUGAAGCAAGACCUCCGCAGUCUUUGCGAGAGAACGAAUCCUGUGGUGGCGUAACGUCUACGGCUUCACCUCCAGCUGCUAGAAUUCGGCGCAAGCGGUAUUUGGAACCCAACAGUCCAUAUGUGGUACCAAGACAAACACUGUACCACCAAAGGAAGAAAGGUUGCCUGCAAGUCUCUGCAGAAACUCACAACGAGCAAGUUAUGUCAAGUCCAGAAUCAUUAUCACUGGCACCUGAAGAGGAAACACACAAUUGCAAUACCGUGCCAAAUGCUACAGGUGACGAAGAAUGUCCACCUGCGGGUCCAGAGUCAGAUGUUGGUAACGUGCAGCCUGAAUGCCACUUGGAACACAACGAAAGUGACGGAAGCCUACACGAGUGCAAUUCGGACUCCAGUGAAUCAAGUGACACAGAGGCUGAUGAUGCCGAGGCAUGCAACAUGGAUGACAGGGACAUAACCAACUUCCUGAAGGAAUACUCAGAGGUGACUUUACCGAACCAGACUACGACGAAAGCGCAAGCUUUACUGCUGAUAUUGAUGUAUGCUGUGACAGCAGGCCUAUCUUGGACACAUGUGGAUGGGCUGCUGAAGUUAAUUAAUGCCCUCCUUGGCAGUAAGGUGCUACCGAACAGCAAUUACAUGUUUCGGAAAAUUUGGAAACAUGCAAAAAAGGGCACAAUAGAGCUUCACUAUUUUUGUGAAGACUGUGAUAUGCAUCUUGGACACUCAAUACAUCCUAUCAGUACUGGGUCUGUGAAGUGUAAUUCUUGCCGGACAAAAUAUGAUACAACAAAACUUGUGGCAAGAGGAAAGUUUUUCAUAAUUUUUGACAUCAAACGCCAGCUGCAGUCAGUAUUGAAGCGGUUUUCACGAUCCAUUCUGGAAAACAUACAACAAAUUAGAUCUCGGGCAUCAUCAAGGUUCCUCAGUGAUAUCACUGACGGAGCACUGUACAGAAACAUGAGGCUGCAAUCAUGGUGGGAGGACACAGACGUCACUGUCACUUUUAGUACUGACGGGGCCAAUGUCUUCAAAUCGCGUCCAGCAUCAGUGUGGCCCCUGCAGCUGAUUAUCAACGAGAUGCCUUUGCCUGCCAGGUGGCACAACAUCAUAAUAGGUGGACUAUGGUUCUCAAGCCACCACCCCAACAUGUUUAUGUACCUGAAGGUGUUCAUCGAUAAGUUGAGAAAGCUUGGAACUGUCAUGUGGGAAGACGCAAGUACGUCAAGACAAAUAUCAUCGCACGUCCAUGUCCUUGCAUGCUCUGUUGAUGCCCCAGCCAGGGCUAUGGUCCUAAACAGGAAACAAUACAAUGGUUAUGAUGGGUGUCCCUGGUGCUACCACCCUGGAAAAUACAUUGACGGAAGCGUCCGAUACCCAUACCGUGAGCAGUUGAGGAUGCGUACCCACAAUGAAGUGGUCAGAGACAUGAAGAAAGCAACGAACCAGGGAGAGGUUGUCAAUGGCAUUAAAGGUCUGAGUGCAGUAGUGCAGCUGGAAGGAUUUGAUGUGGUGCGUGGCAUCUCACCUGACUACAUGCACUGUGUUUUAGAGGGUGUGACAAAACAAUUCACUGAAUUCUGGCUAACCAAAUGCACAAGCGAGGCAUACAUCGGUGGGAAGGUGAAUACUGUGAACGAAAGACUGAGCCAUAUUCAUCCACCAAUAGCGUCUACACGUCUCCCAAGGUCUAUCGACGAAAGGGCAUCAUGGAAGGCUACAGAGUGGAAAUUUUGGCUGUUGUUUUAUUGCCUUCCUUGUGUUGAAGGACUGCUUCCACAGCAGUUUCUGUAUCACUUUGGCCUUCUCUCGGAGGCAAUUUUUUUGUUGCUGAAGUCAACUAUUUCACCCGAAGAAUUAUCCAGGGCAGAAAGACUUAUCAAGCAGUUCGUGAAGCAAACAGAAGGACUUUACAAUGAAGCUAUGUCAACCUAUAAUGUCCACCAGCUCCUGCACCUUCCUGAUACAGUACGGAACCUCGGCCCACUGUGGGCAACAUCGAUGUUUCCAUUUGAGAGUAAUAACAGGGUCAUCCUGCGCCUUGUCACUGCUGCAAACUCUGUGCCCUUACAAAUAGCAGAGCGGUGCGUGAUGAAGCAAAAAUUACAUGACCUUGCUCAGUUUGUGCACCUUUCUGAAGGAUUCAACAUUUUUUCCCGCCCAUCAAGGUGUUGCAGCAGUGUUCUUGGCUCCGAGCAAACCCCACUUGAUAUCUCGCAGACGAUCCAACAACUAAUUCAGCAGCGUCUUGGCCACUUACCAGAGCUUCAGCGUUAUCUCAGGGCUGUAGUUAAUGGCGUUACGGUGCAUAGUGCUCAACACACAAGGCCAACAAAGACAUGCUCACGUUUUAUCAAGGCUAGGCAAGGCUCCUUUUGUGAAGUGCUUGUGAUACUCAAAGUCAAACGGGAGGAGCAGAUUCUGUUCGUUUGCAGAGAAUCCAUUGUGGAUUCUGUGAUAGCUGAAGCAAGCCACAUUAGGAGGUGUGAAUUGCCACCUGACGGACAAGAUAUCUGUGUUGUGGCAGAUAGUGACAUAGAAUGCGCAGCCAUUUUUAUUGAUGUGGGUACGUCGCAGUUUUUGAGCGUGCCACCAAACACCCUAGAAACUAAUUAAGUGCAGUGAAGCCUUGUUAGUAUGACCCUGAUAAUCUGACUUGCACACUUUAUGACCGAAUUCCUCGGGAACCAUGUAGUACAAACCUCUGCAAAUUCCUUCUGUUAAUAUGACAACUUCGCAUUAUGAUCAGAAUCUUCGGGAACGGCCAUGGUCAUAAUAACAAAGGUUCACUGUAUACUGAGUCAGAACAUGACGAAUAUCAGUGCGUGCAACUUUUGCUUUAAAGAUUGCUUCGUACUUUGAGAAUAUAUGUUAGUUUGAGGUGGUGCAGACCUUGUUGCAUUGUGUGCUUUCCCAUGUGUUGCUUUUCUCACUGCAUAGCUUCCUGUAUUUUUGUUUUUGCAUUGCUCAUUUUGUGAAUUAACCGAGAGUGUCAUUAGAGUGCACCAGUAUCACCACGCAGUUCAUGCUGUGCAGUGGCGACCGCUACCUUUAUAUUUCCUUUAUUCCUUUGGAACGUGUUUGUGCCUUUAUGCUACUACCAGUCCGUCUCACCCAAUUUUUUAUACUUUGCAGGCUUUCUGUCAUAGCAUCAGAGGCUUUAAUAAAGGAAUUGCUAUGAUAUUACAAACAAUGAGAUUUUGUUUCGUUACCGCUUUGUUCCGGAUAUCAA